CCAUUUGGAAUGAACAAGGCGGCUUGAGAGCGACACAGCGCCCGACAAAAGGAAACUCGCCCACAGGCGCGCGCCCCCUCGCCCGCUGUCCCGCCAGGAUCACGUGAGACUAACAAAUCCCGCCUUUCGCCAACAAUCCUCAGCGCGAGGGCGGCCGUUUCUUGGCCAAGCGCCUCCCCUUACAAGCGUCAAGUGGCAACAGUGCGCUUGCGCCAAUCCCAGCUGUUUUCUCUCCGCUUCCCGCGGCUCCUCCCCACCCCGAUCAGCCUGGCUCAGGGACGCUGACAGUCUCGAGCCGCAAACAUGGCGGCUGCCGUUAGGCGCGUGCUGCGAGCGAGCCGCGGCUGGAGCGCGGCGCUCAGAGCCCCAGAGGCGCCGCGCGCACAGACAUUAAGACUAAUCUAUACCACUACAGCAGUGCAGAAGAGAAACAUUGCAGCCUCAGGACCUGAAAAGUAUACAGAGGCUUUUAUUAAAAACCAGACUGAAGAGUUCAACCUAGGAAAAAGACAUUUAGCCAACAUGAUGGGGGAAGAUCCAGAAACUUUUACCCAAGAGGAUAUUGAUAAAGCUAUUGCCUACCUCUUUCCCUCUGGCUUAUUUGAGAAAAGGGCCAGGCCUAUAAUGAAGCAUCCCACUGAAAUUUUUCCAAAACAAAGAGCAAUCCAAUGGGGAGAAGAUCACCGUCCAUUUCACUUUCUCUUUUAUACUGGCAAGCAGUCAUUUUAUUCAUUAAUGCAUGAAAUAUAUGGGAAACUGCUAGACAUUCAGAAAUAUCAAGACCACUUGAGAGGCCAAGGCUUGCUUGCUGAGAACAGAAAACAAAUAAACCUGAUUGGCAGCAGAUGGCUGAUUAAGGAGGAAUUGGAAGAAAUGUUAGUGGAAAAACUGUCAGAUCACGAUUAUUCGAUGUGUAUUCAGCUGCUAGAAAGAUUAGUGACGUUGUCAUGUUGUGGCAUCGAAGAAGAGUAUGUGCUAAAGUUUCGCAAAGAGCUAGCUAUACAAUUAAAAAAGGUGGUGAUUGAGCCCCUGCAAUAUGAUGACCAAGGAGUGGCCUUCAGCACUGGGGAAGGCAAAAGAAAGACUUCGCGAGCAUCUGCAGUAGUUUAUGACAAUGGAAGCGGAAAAAUUACAGUGAACGGAGUAGAUUAUUUAUGUUAUUUUCCAGUGAUGCAAGACAGAGAACAGUUAAUGUUCCCUUUCCAGUUCCUUGAUAGACUUGGAAAACAUGAUAUGGUCUGUACCGUCUCUGGUGGAGGGAGGUCCUCACAGGCUGGAGCAAUCCGUUUAGCCUCUGCGAGAGCCCUGUGUAGUUUCAUCACUGAAAAUGAAGUGGAAUUUAUGAGGCAAGUGAAUGCUGUACUUCAUAAAAUGACUCUCUUCAUGUUGUCCUGUAGCUGGACUACUGACAGCUGAUCCACGUAUCAGGGAACGAAAGAAGCCUGGUCAGGAAGGAGCCCGCAGGAAGUUCACCUGGAAAAAACGCUAAGUCUAACUGGAGCAGAUGUUAUAAGUUAUGCGUUACAACAGUUUCAAAACAUCACCAACUGUAUGAUUUCUUUACAAUCACUGUUGUGUAAAUAUAUCUGGUAAUUUUUUUUGUUUCUAAUUAUUGUGGUUUUCCUCUUUUAAAAAAUUAAUUUCUUUUAAGUUGUAGUCACUUGUUAAAAAAUUUUAAAAGUU